CGCUUGUGUUUGGAUUUCGUCGUGACAUUUCUGGCAAUUCCAGUUCGGUCGGCUAACUGCAAACCAAUUUAACUUUCUGACGUUUCUGAAAUAUUGGAUCAAGGUCUGGACUGAAUUAGGGGAAUUCCCCACUUGAUUAUGAGUCUGGUGCAGUACAUCAUUUUACGGAAGGACUUGCAAACCGUGUUGAACUGGCCUCUUGGAGCUCUAUUUGUUUGAUUGCUGAUUAUUAACCACGGAUAAGCAUGUCGCACUUGGAGAGCCUUGAGCGCAAAUUGCGUGAAAUGAGCGAAAAUGGUAACAGUGCUCCCAUGAAUGAAGAUAGCGGAGCUGAAAAUUCUUCCGGUGACGCCAACAGCAAUUCUGGAAAUGGUGUCAUGUGUGACCUAAAAAUCCCUAGAAAAUUCCUCCGAGUGCUUGGCUAUGAUGGGAGAACAAACGAUCUUGUAUAUUGCAAACCUCUGAGCACAACCGAGGAUGAAGAGAUCUCGGUGGAUUCUGAUUCUAGUACUACCAAUAAUGUCGAUGCGCGUCAAAAGUGUCUCGUUUACUUUGGUGGUGAUAUGCAGGAUUUUCCCGAAAUUAUGGAGCAGCACAAAGAACAUCGAGAUCGCGGAUAUAUAUGUUGGAACCUCGAAGCUACAGCAGCCCUCCUCCAAAAGCAAUUCCCAACAUAUAACAUUGUGGUUGUUAGACCAAGCCGGAUUCAAAUAAUGACAUUUAGUUGUUUUGAUAACUUUGUCAACUCGGCUUCCAACACUGGAGUGCCAGAUCAUGUCAUUACUCACGGUUCUUUGCAACAUUUGGAAUUGCUAUUAAAAAAUUUAUCUGAACGUGUUGAAAAAUCGCAACAACAAGAUCAAAUUUUAGCCAAACAAAUUGCGCAUGUUUCCAAAGAAGAGGAGGAAGAGUCAGAAGUAUCAUCAACUACUGUAGAUGAAAGCCUAACAACAAAUGGCGAAUCUUUAGUCGUUGAAGAGCCAGAAAAGCCGUUUAAUCCUCACCUCGAUAGAUCUAGAAUAAGUCUUGUCGGAUUCAGCAAAGGCUGCGUAGUUUUGAAUCAACUCAUGUAUGAAUUUCAUUAUUUGAAAACGUUGACCCCAGAUGACACUGCUAUGAGUCCAUUUGUAUCAAGUAUCGAAGAUAUGUACUGGUUGGAUGGGGGACAUAAUGGUGGGAAGAACACCUGGAUUACAUCCAGAUCGCUGAUUGAAACUCUGUGUAGACAAAAUAUUCGAGUGCAUGUGCAUAUGACUCCUUAUCAAUUGACGGAUGAGAGACGUCCUUGGAUUCGUAAAGAAGAAAGGACGUUUUGUGAUUGGCUAAAACGAUUCAAUGCACCACUUAAACGCUAUGUACAUUUUGAAAAUGAGCCAGCCAGUUUGCAGCAACAUUUUCGACUUCUUACUGAAUUUGGAAAUGCGGAAAAAACGAUGGAACCGGAAGGAAAUAUUGAAGAUUCUCAAAUAGGUACAGAAUCGACGUCAUACACCGGUGUGCUGUCGAUGCAAUAGUGUUAUUGUUGCGUCAAGUAUGUGACCUGAUGAACUCAAAGUCUCGAUCAUCAUGUAGAUGAAGCUUUCGUUUAAGAUUGUUGUUUAAUUUUUCAAAUCACGGUAUUUUUGUUACUUGUUACUCAUUAUCGUGUGGCUCUAUUCAUCUUAUACAUAUACUGUUUAUGUAUAUGUUGUAUUCGAUAGGAAAGUCGUUUAUAGUGUAAGUUUACAUUUUCCAUAAAAAUUGUCGUGCUUGUAAGAAUUACAAAUAUUUUCACAUUAAUCAAGAUCAACUUAUUCCCUUUUUGUAUCCUUUUUAUCUGAACUGGAGUUUUACAUUUUACGUUUCCUCAACUCACAAACGCGCAGAUAAUUAACCAGUACACAUUUGCAUAGAAAAGUAGAAGCAAUAUAUGUAGUAUCUAAAUUGGGUUCAAGAUAAUUCUUCUUGAAUUGAAGUACAUUUAGUGUGCUAAUUUUAUUACAAGAUAUAUACUUAAAAAAAUAUCCUAAAUAAACUGACUAUUUUAAAAUAUGUACAAUUUGAGUA